GCCAGGGCCUGUGGUUCUUCUUCGUUGGUACGUCAAUGUCCUCCAUUGUGUCAUUGUAGGUUUGUUGAGGUUAGCUGAAGUUAGCGAUGUCUGGCUACACACCAGACGAGAAGCUUCGCUUCGACCAGCUUACAAAGCUCCGGAGGCAGUGGUUGAAGGACCAGGAGCUGAGCCCGAGGGAGCCGGUGAUACAGCCUAAACCUCCGAACGCUAUCGACACGUUCUGGACUCGGUUUCUGGAGCCAAAGAGCCUGUGGAGGAUUUACACCUACAAAGCAUACAGAGGUGGAUUAUACACAUUAACGUUUCUGUUGGUUCCUGCUUGGGUUACUCACUACUGCAUGAAGUACCACGCCACUAAUAGGCCUUAUGGCAUUGUGGAACUGAAUCCCAGGUUGUUCCCAGGUGACGUGGUUAUGGAGACAAGGGAAGUUAUCCCAGAUCUGCCCAAGACCCAUGAGCAUCACUGAAAUAUUGCAUGAAUUGACUGUGUUUGAUUGUUUUUUGGAGGGAAAAUACAAUAAAGUAAUUUAUGAAUGA